AUGCGCCUCCUCGAUCGUCCGGAUCUCGAUGUUGUCGCAUGGCACUCAGAAACACAGCCGUGCGAUAGAAAGUGGUUGUUCGAUAACAUUCCCGGAGCAACAGGCAUACUGCUCCUGUUCUCAGAGAAGGUUGACAAUGAGUUCCUUGACGCCGCCGGGCCAAGCCUAAAGGUCAUCUCCACAAUGUCCGUUGGAUAUGUCGCUCUCUCAGCGCGGAAUCAAGCUUGGUUUACACCGGAUGUCCUCACAGAAGCAGUCGCCGAUAUCACAGUUAUGCUUGCCUUGAUGGCAGGCCGUAACAUCAAGGAGACCUCAGAGAUUGUUCAGAAGGGACAGUGGUCCGCUUACCCAUGGGCCCCCUACUUAUGGGCUGGCUCCCAACUAAGCGCGAGCUGGGUCCACCCCGCGCGCACAGCAGGUUUCCUCGGCUUCGGUCGCAUCGCGCAAUCCACCCUCGCGCGUCUCCUCCCCUUCGGCUACACCCGUGCGCUCUACACCGGGAACCCCACCUCGCAGCCCAACCCUGCGCGCGACGCAGAGCUGCUCGCGAAGUACGCCCCGCAUGGCCUCGCGGAAUUCCGGCGGGUCGAUCUGGCUGAACUCGCACGAGAGAGCGACGUUGUAUUCGUGCUCGCGCCUGGCGGGCCGAGUACGUAUCACGUCGUGAACGAAGCGUUUUUGAAAGGCAUGAAGAAGACGGCGGUGCUGGUGAACACCAGCCGCGGAGUGCUCGUUGACUCUGAAGCUUUGGCAAAGGCGUGUAGGGAAGGAUGGAUCUGGGGUGCAGGCGUAGAUGUUGUUGAGGGUGAGCCCAACGUCCCCGCGGAUCAUCCGCUCCUAAGGGAGCCGAGGUGCGUUGUCUUGCCUCACAUAGGAAGCGCUACGAACGAGACGAGGUUGGGGAUGGCCACGAUGGCGAUCAACAAUGUCAUUGGCGGCGCGCUUGGAGGAAAUAUGCCCGCUGAGCUCAACAUGUCUCGGUAG